AUGGAGAUCAAUGAGAAUAAUUUCGAGCGAUUGGGCAAUUACCUGCAGCAAACGCUCAAUCCGGAUCCGGAAGUGCGACGUCCAGCGGAACGGUUUAUUGAGAGCAUUGAAGUUAGCCAGAACUAUCCGUUGCUAUGUUUACAUCUAAUUGAUCGGCCCCAGGUGGACAUGACGAUCCGUGUGGCGGCCGCAAUCGCUUUCAAGAAUUUCGUCAAGCGCAACUGGGGCUUCCAUCUGGACAAUGACGGCCCGAACAAGGUGAGCGAGUCGGAUCGGAGCGGCAUCAAGAGUUUGAUCGUGCCGAUGAUGCUCAAGUCACCGGCCGCCAUACAGAAGCAGCUGAGCGAUGCGGUCAGCAUUAUUGGAAAGUACGACUUCCCGACCAAGUGGCCGGAGCUGAUGGACGAGAUGAUUGAAAAGUUUGCCACUGGAGAUUUUCACAUCAUUAACGGUGUGCUGCAAACGGCCCACUCACUGUUCAAACGCUACCGGUACGAGUUCAAAUCGCAGGAGCUAUGGGAAGAGAUUAAGUACGUGCUGGAUAAGAUGGCCAAACCGCUCACCGAUCUGCUGCAGGCAACGCUUGGAUUGGCUGAAGCGCACGCUGGCAAUAAGGAAGCGCUUAUGGUCAUCUACAACUCGUUGGUGCUCGUGUGCAAGGUGUUCUUUUCGCUCAACUCGCAGGAUUUGCCCGAGUUCUUCGAGGAUAAUAUGGAAACGUGGAUGAAAGCAUUCCACGGGCUGCUGACGGUGGACGUACCGUGUCUGAAGACGGACGAUGAUGAGGACGCUGGCGUACUCGAACAUCUGCGGUCGCAAAUCUGUGAAAACCUGUGCAUGUACGCGCUCAAGUACGACGAAGAGUUUGGACCCUAUAUGCCACAGUUCGUGACCGCCGUCUGGGAGUUGCUUGUGAACACCCGCAUUCACACAAAGUACGAUUCGCUCGUUUCGAAUGCGCUUAGGUUUUUGAGCACGGUCGCGGAACGAAGCCACUACCGCCAUCUGUUCGAGGAUCCUAACGUGCUGGCCAGCAUCUGCGAGAAGGUGAUCAUACCAAACAUGGACUUUCGUGUGUCGGACGAGGAACUGUUCGAGGACAACCCGGAAGAGUACAUCCGGCGGGAUAUCGAGGGUUCGGAUGUGGAGACACGGCGGCGGGCUUCCUGCGAUCUGGUGAAGUCGCUGUUGCAAAAGUUCGAAGCAAAGAUAGUGGAAAUUUUUGGCCAAUAUCUGCAGGUCCUGCUGGCAAAGUAUGCCGAAAACACGGCCAACAACUGGAAAGCGAAAGAUACCGCCAUCUAUUUGGUCACCUCAAUGGCAUCGAAGGGUCAAACGCAGAAGCAUGGCGUUACGCAAACGUCCGAACUGGUGCCGCUGCCACAGUUCACCCAGCAGCAGAUUAUUCCCGAACUGGAACGAGCCGACGUCAAUCAGCUGCCGGUACUGAAAGCGGAUGCGCUUAAAUUCAUUAUGACAUUCCGUACGAUUUUGGGUCCACAAAUUAUUGUCGCCACGAUGCCACUUGUUGCGAAACAUCUCGGCGCGGCAAGCGUUGUGGUGCACACGUACGCUGCCUGCACGAUUGACAAGAUUCUCACGAUGCGCGGCCCGGAUAAGCAACCGAUCGUGACGAAGGAAAUCUUGUCGCCGCUCAGUGCGGAACUGAUAGCGGGCCUGUUUGCGGCGAUUACUGUGCAGGGCUCGAACGAGAACGAGUACAUCAUGAAGUGCAUCAUGCGUGUGCUAAACACGCUGCAGGAAGCAUCGCUACCAUUCAUGAUUGUGGUUUUGCCGCGUCUUACCGAUAUACUGUCCACCGUUGCGAAGAACCCAUCGAAACCUCACUUCAAUCACUAUCUGUUCGAAACACUUUCUCUCUCUGUGAAACUCGUCUGUAAAGCCGAUCCAAAUGCUGUAAGUUCGUUCGAGGAAGCUCUAUUUCCCGUUUUCCAGGGCAUAUUGCAGCAGGAUGUGCUGGAAUUUAUGCCGUACGUGUUCCAGAUGCUGUCACUAUUUUUGGAAAUACGCGAGGGCAAGAGCAACAUCCCCGAAACGUAUCUAGCACUAUUCCCCUGUCUGCUUACGCCAGCUCUCUGGGAGCGUCCCGGCAACGUGACGCCACUGAUACGAUUGCUGUGCGCGUUUGUGAGACAAGCGUCAGCACAAAUUUCGGCCGAUGACAAACUGAAUGGUGUGCUGGGUGUAUUCCAGAAGAUGAUUGCCUCGAAGAAUAACGAUCACGAAGGGUUCUAUCUGUUGCAAAACUUGCUCCUUUACUAUCCACCUGAGGAGCUCGGCCGAAGUAUGCGUCAGAUAUUUUCUCUACUGUUUCAGCGGCUUAGUUCCUCCAAAACGACCAAGUUUGUACGAAGCUUCAUUGUUUUUCUCUGCCUUUACUCGGCCCGCGUUGGUCCUCAAGCACUGAUACAGAUGAUUGAAAGCAUUCAAGCACAAAUGUUCGGCAUGGUGGUCGAGCGCGUGUUCAUUCCAGAUAUUAACAAAGUUUCGGGAGAGCUCGAGCAGAAGAUCGUUUCCGUUGGCAUAACGAAGCUGUUGUGCGAAUGUCCGGAAAUGCUUGCCGAACCGUAUGUCGUGUUCUGGCCAAAGCUGCUGCAGACGGUGGUACAGAUCUUUGAGCUGCCCCCCGACGAGUCAGCCAUUGACGGUGAUAAUUUUAUCGAUAUUGAAGAUGUGUCCGGUUAUCAGGCCGCCUACUCGCAGCUGAACUUUGCCCAAUCGAAACCGGUCGAUCCGCUACAGGAUGUGGGAAAUGUGCGUCAAUAUCUUGUGCAGAAUAUCGGCAACUUGGCGCAAUCGAACGCGGGUAAGGUAGGUACACUGAUAGCUGCAUUGCCGGCGGAUCACCAGGAAGCGCUGCAAAAGUACUGUGCGCAGAGUGGUGUUCAGAUUGCUUAG